AUGAAAAAAAUUACUGAUGUCUUAAACUAACGAAAAGAUCAUGACUUCAAUAAAAAAGACUAUUCAAAUGAAGUAAAAUUAAGAAUCCACAUUAAGUCUAAUUAAUAGCAUAAAGGAUAAUCGAUAGAUCAUAAAAUUUUUAUAAUUUUUAGAUAACUUUACAUCUAUGGAUAAAACUUUAAAAUAAUGAGGGUCUAAUUAAUUAAAUUAAUUAGUUAAGAUGAAGUUGGACCAGAGAAACAAGAAUUUUGA